AUGAGUAAAGUUAUACAUCAAAUAUUUGACGAUUAUAAUAAGUCAAGAAUACAGUUUACGCAAAGCGUCUCUGAUUUAUGCUUAAAACCACAUAAUAUUGAAAUAUUAAUAAAUACAGAUAUAAUAAAUUUACUUCGUCCAUUAAUAUUGGAUAAAGUUCCUAUAGUUCAACAAAAUGCAACAGUAAUACUAGCAAAACUAGCUAGCUAUUCUGAAGAAGUAGCUUUGACAAUUUUACAAAAUGAUGUAUUACCACAUUUAAUAUAUUGCUUAAAACAUGAAAAUAAAAAUUAUCGAAAAAAUUGUGCAUAUACACUAAAAUGCUUGGCUAAUCAUAAUUCAAAGCUAGCUAAUAUUGUUGCUGAAGGAAAUUGUAUCGAUUAUUUAAUGGAUUGUUUAGAUGAAUAUGAUUUAAGAGUAAAACAAUCAUGUAUUAAUGCAUUAUGUGCAAUCAUAAAAAAUGAUCUAGAAUUGUCUAAUAAUGUUGUUGAUAAAGGUAUUAUACCUUUGUUAAUAUUAUGUUUACAAGAAAAAGAUAAUAAUUUAAUAAAGAGCUCUUUAAAUAUGUUAUCUGAACUAUGUAAACAAUCUGAUGAAAUUGCAAAAAAUGUUGUUGAUAAUAAUGUAUUACCAAAUUUAAUAAAAUUUUUGGAUAAUAAUGAUAACUAUAUAAAAAAAAAUGCAUGCAACUGUUUAUCACAAAUAGCUAAACAUAAAGAAGAGUUAACUGAAUUAAUGAUUGAAAAUGAUAUAUUUCCUAAAAUUCUUUAUUUAUUAAAAGAUAAUGAUGAUAUAGUUAAAAAAAAUUGUGCAAAUUGUUUAAAAGAAAUGAGUAAACAUAAUGAAGAUAUUUGCAAAAUUAUUGUACGUGCAGGUGCUUUACCUCUUUUAUGUGAAUGUAUAGAACAAUCAUCAAAAGAUACUAUAAAAUUACCAGCAAUAUUAUGUCUUGGUUUUAUAUCAUCAUUUUCAGAAUCACUAAGUUUAAAUAUUAUUCUAUCUAAUACUAUACCUAUUUUAAAAAAAUCAAUGAUUGAAGAAACAGAAGAUUAUAUAAAAAGUGCGUGUGUUUGGGCUGUUGGAAAUAUCGGAAAACAUUCCACUGAGCAUGCCAAAAAACUUGCUGAUGAAAAUAUAUUAAUUAUUUUAGUUAACUUAUAUAAUUCAAAUGAAUCGUCUGAUGAUUUAAAAAAAAAAGUGAAAAUAGCAUUAAAAGGUAUAAUACAAAAAGUUACAGAUCUUGAGGCUUUACAUCCUGUAUUUCUAAAAUCGCCUUUAAAACUUGCUAAAUAUUCUAUUUUCCAAUUUUCAAAAAUAUUACCAAAAAAUCCAUCCUAUAAAAAAUCAUUUAUUAAGUCAGGAUGCUUAAAAUAUUUACAAGAAAUAAAAAAUUGCGAAGAUUCCAAGAAAUUCGAAUUAGAAAUAAGUAGCAUUAACAACUCUUUUCCUGAAGAUAUAAUAAAUUAUUACACACCUGGAUAUUCUGAAACAUUGAUUAAAAAAAUCGAUGAAGUUGAAAAAAACGAAUAA